AUGUCUUUGUGGAGCACCUACCGAUCCCUCACCCCGAAGACCCGGGCUCUAUUCGGCGUCGGCGUGAUGGCCUGGGCGACAAUAGGACUUUGGACAACGCCGCAGGUUGAGAGUGCGCUUGGCAUGCAGGCGUCUAAGGACGAGCAGGAGGCGCUGGAUCGACAGCUCGCUGUGCGGAUUUCGAGGGUUGGUGGGGAGGAGAAGGGUGAUGGGGCGCAUUGA